UAUACAUUGAAGUGUUUUAUCGGUUCAAUUUAUUAUAAUUGCAUUUUGUAGUACAGUACACACGCAUGCUUUGUGCGAUGUUAUAAAUUAAAUGACGACUUCGCAACGUAAAAAAGUGGCCAUUGUCGGUGCGGGUAUUGUCGGUGUUAAUUCGGCACUGGAAGUUCAGAGGAGAUAUCCGAAUUACGACGUGACUCUGAUUGCGGAUAAGUUUAAUGGAGAAACCCUUAGUGACGGCGCAGCUGGACUGUUGCGGCCUGACACGUACGUUUUUGGGCCCAGCCUCGAAAUCUCUCAGCGUUGGGUUAACGAUUCUUAUAGUUUUUAUAAAAAUCUAUUACAAAAUAAGGAUGAACCAUGCGGCAUAAAUGAAGUUUCUGGUUACAUAUUUUCGACUAAGAAUCCAGAUAUUAUAAAUAACCAUUACAUGAAAAAUUGUUCACCAGACUUUAGAGAAGUUACCGAUGAAGAACUAAAAGCUUAUUCGUCUGUUGAAAGUCAACAUAUAUUGAAAUAUGGUAGCUUUUUUACGUCGAUUGUCAUUGAAUGUAAACUUUUUUUACCGUGGGCUUUAAAAAAGAUUAGUAAUAACGGGGCAACUAUUAUUAAGCGAAAAAUCGAAUCUCUUGAAGAAUUGUGUGGUGAAUAUGAUAUUGUUUUUAACUGCACUGGCUUUAGAGCCGGAAAAUUAUGUAAUGAUGUGAAUGUGUUGCCUAUUCGUGGACAAGUAAUACGGGUCAAAGCUCCAUGGGUUGACAAAUUUUACUAUUGCGAUUCCGACACCUAUAUAAUUCCAUCAAUAAGCGAUGGGACUAUUGUACUUGGUGGUUGUAGACAUUUUGGUAGUCAUAACGAGCAGGUAAAUGAACGCAACACAGAAGAAAUAAUAGAAAAUUGUGUAAGAUUAUUACCAUCAUUGAAAGAAGCAUUAAAAACAGACUUUACGGUUUGGGUUGGUCUUAGACCUUACAGGAGCAAAAUACGAGUAGAAACUGAAUGUAUAAAUGAUACUGUGAUUGUACACAAUUAUGGUCAUGGAGGAUACGGAGUAACAUUAGCGCCCGGAACAGUAAAAUAUGCAGUUGAUUUAUUGACUUCAGUUAACAAUUGAUUUGAUAACAUAAACAACGUAAUUGAAUUUGGCUAUAGUAGUUUAUUAGAUAAUAGUUUAAACUUAAUAAUAUACUUGAUAUAAGUUUCAUAUUAAAUAUUAUGAUAAUCGUUUUGUAAUUGUUUCGAUUAGUUUAAUGGUCCGAUUUAAUUACGGUUAUAUU